AUGGGACGUCGAUUUGUUCUUUUCUUAAUCUUUUUGUGUCAAACUCAUCAAACCAUUUCAAUUUCAGCAUAUGGCACCAUCAUUAGUGCUGCUUCUUCACUCCAUUUGUGCGCCAUUAAAAACAGCCUCCUCUUGUUCCAAUUCCAGCAAAGCUUUCAGAUUGAUGAAAUCGCUUCGUCUAGCUGCAUGCGUUCGUAUCCAAAGACGGCAUCCUGGAACAAAAGCGUAGAUUGUUGUAGGUGGGAUGGAGUAACAUGUGACGAGCUGACUGGUGAAGUCAUCGGCCUUGACCUUAGUUGUAGUCAGCUUUCCGGGUCCAUGGAUUCCAACAGCCCUCUUUUCCAGUUAUCUCAUCUUCAAAGCCUCAACCUCGCUUUCAACAGCUUCUAUACUUCAUCAAUUGUCAGCCAAUUUGCUGGUUUUCGAAGCUUGAUGCACCUCAACCUCUCUUCCUGUGGUUUCUUAGAAUCAGUGCCAUCCGAAUUCUCAAGUAUGUAUAAUUUGAUCUCCCUUGAUCUCUCAUGCAACGAUAUAGAACUUGAGCCUCGUAUUUUCGAGUUGAUGCUUCAAAACUUAACCCACUUAAGAGAAGUGUCACUGAUAGGUGUCAACAUUCGUUCUAUGUUACCUCGUAAUCUCUCUACUUCUUUAGAAGUUUUGAAUCUUGGAGCUACAAAUUUGUAUGGUAAAUUGCCAGAUGAAAUUUUUUUACUUCCAAACUUGAAAAUGCUUCAGCUAUACAACAACCAACUCACCGGAGGGAAUUCAUUUAAGGUCAUACAAAAUACUAGUAGUACGACACUGAGGUAUGUUGACUUGUCUCCCACUGAUUUCUCCGGAGAACAGUUGCCUGAAUCAAUUGGAAACUUCAAAUAUUUGUACCAUUUAGAUCUCUCUGAUUGCAACUUUUCUGGCCCCAUUCCUGAAUCUCUAGGAAGCCUAACACAAAUGACUCAUCUGAUGCUAUCUGAGAACCAUCUGAGUGGGGGGUUGCCACUUAGCCUACAGAAUCUCCAUCAACUCAUCGUCCUAGACUUUUCAUAUAACACACUCGGAGGUGAAUUGCUCGAUAUUUUCAGAAGUUUCAAAAGCUUGACUACUUUACGUCUUGGUUCUAACCUUUUCAAUGGUUAUUUCCCCUCCUCAAUCAUGAACCUAACAGAACUUGAAAGCUUACACUUGUUUGGCAAUUCACUCAUAGGUUCUCUGCCCACAGAAAUUGUUGGUGCACUCAGAAACUUACAUUCACUACUUUUGGAUCAAAACUCAAUCAACGGUACAAUACCAUAUUGGGUGUUCACCCUUCCCUCAUUAACCGAACUAGAUGUGAGUGAAAAUCUACUGACCGGCCAAAUCUACGAAUUCCAGUAUCACUCAUUGAAAUAUCUAGUUUUGCGAAGCAACAAACUAGAUGGUCCCAUUCCUAAAUCAGUUUCAAGACUGUUGAAUCUAACAUGGCUCGAUUUAUCAUACAACAACUUCAGUGGUAACAUAGAGGUUAGCUUCUUUUCGAACCUGCAACAUCUUACUCUUCUAGACCUUUCUUUCAAUACCCUAUCUCUCAUCAAUAACCGAGAAAACUCUACAUUGCCUCCUUCUCUUGAAAACUUGCUUCUGUCCUCUUGUGGGGUGAAAGAUUUAGAUUUCUUGAAAGGACUCCAGAGUCUGGACCAGUUGGAUCUUUCUAAGAACAUGCUUCAAGGUCGCAUAUCACUCGCUUGGGUUCAAGGAUUGUCUCGUCUAAAUUUAUCUUACAACUCGCUGACUCAUAUUGAUCAGCUUCCUUCUCUAAACCUGGCAUAUCUUGAUCUUACAUCAAACUUCUUGAGUGGUCCAUUUCUUGUCCCGCCUAUUAGAAUAAGAUAUUACUUUGCUUCGAAUAAUUCAUUCACUGGAAGCAUCCCUUCAUCGUUAUGCAAUUUUUCUUUCCUUGAAUUGCUUGACUUGUCCAACAAUCACAUGAGUGGUGAAAUACCUCAAUGUUUGGGUACAAAUCUGUUGGUUUUUAAUCUGCACUCAAAUGAUUUUCAAGGAAAAAUUCCAUCAAACUUUUCACUUGGGUGCAAACUAAUAGGCCUCUACCUGCAUGACAACCGGUUAGAAGGAAGAAUCCCUCUGUCCUUGUCAAAUUGCAGAGGAUUAGAAUUGCUGGAUGUUGGUAACAACCACUUGGAUGGUAGGUUUCCCUGGUGGUUAGGCACUCUUCAAAAUUUGCAGGUCCUGAGCUUGAGAGGUAAUCAUUUGUACGGUUCUCUAAAUGUUUCAGAAAGCAGAUUAUCGUUUUCUGCCCUAAGAAUCCUUGACCUCUCCAAUAAUGAAUUUACCGGCAUUUUGCCACAAAGAUUUUUCAUCAAGUUAAAGGGUAUGGAGAGAGCAAAUCAUAUUAUGAAGCGAAUGUUCAAUGAUGUAGAAUCUCUCUUUGAAAGUUCCGUUUUUGUUGUAAUGAAAGGAAUGGAGAUAAACAUUGCACAUGUUCUCUCCAUCUUUACAACUAUAGAUCUCUCAAACAACCAAUUCCAAGGAGUUAUUCCGUAUGCUAUAGGGGAUCUGAUUUCACUUCAAGGACCGAACCUUUCUCAUAACAAAUUUGAAGGUCCAAUUCCUCAGAACUUCGCAAACUUAACUUCUCUGGAAUCCUUAGACUUAUCUUCAAACAACAUUAAUGGAGAAAUUCCUCAACGACUGGCAGUAUUGACAUUUCUUUCAUUUCUGAACCUUUCUGAGAACCAUCUUGUGGGUAGAAUCCCGCAAAGCCCCCAAUUUGAUUCAUUUGGGAACACUUCAUUCUUGGGAAACAAAGGCCUAUGUGGAUCUCAGUUAUCAAGAAGUUGUGAAGCUCACAUUGGCUUGGUGCCAGCAACCAGUGAAACUCCAUCUGAAGAUGAGAAUGAAAGCAAAGAUUUCAUCAAUGGGUUUACUUGGCAAGCUGUAUUGCUUGGGUAUGGUAUUGGGAUAGCGACUGGACUAUUUGUGGGAUGCCUCAUUUUAUCACUGGGAAACCGAAAUGGUUUAAGAAAUUUGUGGAGCAAGAAUGCUCAAGAUUUCAUAAGAAGAAAUGGCAUAAGGGGAUCAAAUGGUUGUAAAAGAAUAAAACAUCCCAGAAAUUUUGCUUUCGGCACGACCGGAUGGAGAUGUAUUAAUUUAGGGGGAAAAAAGGGUUUACCAUAUGCUGCAAAUGGUGGUUCUUGUUUGCCACUGGAUUUGAUUGCUUCCUUGUCAAAAAUAGUUAAUGUAGAGGUAUUUGUAACCCAAACAAUGAAAUAA